ACAGCAGAACAACAGCAAGACAACAGCAAGACAACAGCAAGACAACAGCAGAACAACAGAAAGACAACAGCAGAACAACAGAAAGACAACAGCAGAACAACAGAAAGACAACAGCAGAACAACAGCAAGACAACAGCAAGACAACAGCAGAACAACAGAAAGACAACAGCAAGACAACAGCAGAACAACAGAAAGACAACAGCAGAACAACAGCAAGACAACAGCAGAACAACAGAAAGACAACAGAAAGACAACAGCAGAACAACAGAAAGACAACAGCAGAACAACAGCAAGACAACAGCAGAACAACAGAAAGACAACAGCAGAACAACAGCAAGACAACAGCAGAACAACAGCAAGACAACAGCAGAACAACAGCAAGACAACAGCAGAACAACAGAAAGACAACAGAAAGACAACAGCAGAACAACAGAAAGACAACAGCAGAACAACAGCAAGACAACAGCAGAACAACAGAAAGACAACAGCAGAACAACAGCAAGACAACAGCAGAACAACAGAAAGACAACAGCAAGACAACAGCAAGACAACAGCAAGACAACAGCAGGACAACAGCAGGACAACAGCAAGACAACAGCAAGACAACAGCAAGACAACAGCAAGACAACAGCAGAACAACAGCAGAACAACAGCAAGACAACAGCAAGACAACAGCAGGACAACAGCAGAACAACAGCAAGACAACAGCAAGACAACAGCAAGACAACAGCAAGACAACAGCAAGACAACAGCAGAACAACAGCAAGACAACAGCAGAACAACAGCAAGACAACAGCAGGACAACAGCAAGACAACAGCAGAACAACAGCAAGACAACAGCAGAACAACAGCAGAACAACAGCAAGACAACAGCAAGACAACAGCAGAACAACAGCAGAACAACAGCAGGACAACAGCAGGACAACAGCAGGACAACAGCAGAACAACAGCAGAACAACAGCAGGACAACAGCAGGACAACAGCAGAACAACAGCAGAACAACAGCAGGACAACAGCAGGACAACAGCAGGACAACAGCAGAACAACAGCAGAACAACAGCAGGACAACAGCAGGACAACAGCAGAACAACAGCAGAACAACAGCAGGACAACAGCAGGACAACAGCAAGACAACAGCAAGACAACAGCAGAACAACAGCAAGACAACAGCAGAACAACAGAAAGACAACAGCAGAACAACAGAAAGACAACAGCAGAACAACAGAAAGACAACAGCAGAACAACAGCAAGACAACAGCAAGACAACAGCAAGACAACAGCAGAACAACAGAAAGACAACAGCAGAACAACAGAAAGACAACAGCAGAACAACAGCAAGACAACAGCAGAACAACAGAAAGACAACAGCAGAACAACAGCAAGACAACAGCAGAACAACAGAAAGACAACAGCAAGACAACAGCAAGACAACAGCAAGACAACAGCAGGACAACAGCAGGACAACAGCAAGACAACAGCAAGACAACAGCAGAACAACAGCAAGACAACAGCAGAACAACAGCAGAACAACAGCAAGACAACAGCAAGACAACAGCAGAACAACAGCAGAACAACAGCAAGACAACAGCAAGACAACAGCAAGACAACAGCAAGACAACAGCAGAACAACAGCAAGACAACAGCAGAACAACAGCAAGACAACAGCAGAACAACAGCAAGACAACAGCAGAACAACAGAAAGACAACAGCAGAACAACAGCAAGACAACAGCAGAACAACAGAAAGACAACAGCAGAACAACAGCAAGACAACAGCAGAACAACAGAAAGACAACAGCAAGACAACAGCAAGACAACAGCAGAACAACAGCAAGACAACAGUAAGACAACAGCAAGACAACAGCAGAACAACAGCAAGACAACAGCAAGACAACAGCAAGACAACAGCAAGACAACAGCAGAACAACAGCAGAACAACAGCAAGACAACAGCAAGACAACAGCAAGACAACAGCAGGACAACAGCAAGACAACAGCAAGACAACAGCAGAACAACAGCAAGACAACAGCAAGACAACAGCAAGACAACAGCAGAACAACAGCAGGACAACAGCAGAACAACAGCAGGACAACAGCAAGACAACAGCAGGACAACAGCAAGACAACAGCAAGACAACAGCAAGACAACAGCAGAACAACAGCAGGACAACAGCAGAACAACAGCAGAACAACAGCAAGACAACAGCAAGACAACAUCAGAACAACAGCAGGACAACAGCAAGACAACAGCAGGACAACAGCAGAACAACAGCAAGACAACAGCAGAACAACAGCAGAACAACAGCAAGACAACAGCAAGACAACAGCAGAACAACAGCAAGACAACAGCAGAACAACAGCAGAACAACAGCAGGACAACAGCAAGACAACAGCAGAACAACAGCAAGACAACAGCAGAACAACAGCAGAACAACAGCAGGACAACAGCAAGACAACAGCAAGACAACAGCAGAACAACAGCAAGACAACAGCAGAACAACAGCAAGACAACAGCAAGACAACAGCAGAACAACAGCAAGACAACAGCAGAACAACAGCAAGACAACAGCAGAACAACAGCAAGACAACAGCAAGACAACAGCAGGACAACAGCAGAACAACAGCAAGACAACAGCAGAACAACAGCAGAACAACAGCAAGACAACAGCAAGACAACAGCAGAACAACAGCAAGACAACAGCAAGACAACAGCAGAACAACAGCAAGACAACAGCAAGACAACAGCAGAACAACAGCAAGACAACAGCAGAACAACAGCAAGACAACAGCAGGACAACAGCAGAACAACAGCAAGACAACAGCAGAACAACAGCAGAACAACAGCAAGACAACAGCAAGACAACAGCAGAACAACAGCAAGACAACAGCAAGACAACAGCAGAACAACAGCAAGACAACAGCAGAACAACAGCAGAACAACAGCAAGACAACAGCAAGACAACAGCAGAACAACAGCAAGACAACAGCAGAACAACAGCAGGACAACAGCAGGACAACAGCAGAACAACAGCAAGACAACAGCAGGACAACAGCAGAACAACAACAGAACAACAGCAGAACAACAGCAAGACAACAGCAGGACAACAGCAGAACAACAGCAAGACAACAGCAGAACAACAGCAAGACAACAGCAGAACAACAGCAGGACAACAGCAGGACAACAGCAGAACAACAGCAAGACAACAGCAGGACAACAGCAGAACAACAACAGAACAACAGCAGAACAACAACAGAACAACAACAGAACAACAGCAGGACAACAACAGAACAACAGCAGGACAACAGCAGGACAACAGCAGAACAACAACAGAACAACAGCAGAACAACAACAGAACAACAGCAGAACAACAGCAGAACAACAGCAAGACAACAGCAGGACAACAGCAGAACAACAACAGAACAACAACAGAACAACAGCAGAACAACAGCAGAACAACAGCAAGACAACAACAGAACAACAGCAGAACAACAGCAAGACAACAGCAGGACAACAGCAGAACAACAGCAAGACAACAGCAGAACAACAGCAAGACAACAGCAGAACAACAGCAGGACAACAGCAGGACAACAGCAGAACAACAGCAAGACAACAGCAGGACAACAGCAGAACAACAACAGAACAACAGCAGAACAACAACAGAACAACAACAGAACAACAGCAGGACAACAACAGAACAACAGCAGGACAACAGCAGGACAACAGCAGAACAACAACAGAACAACAGCAGAACAACAACAGAACAACAGCAGAACAACAACAGAACAACAGCAGGACAACAACAGAACAACAGCAGGACAACAGCAGAACAACAGCAGAACAACAGCAGAACAACAGCAAGACAACAGCAGGACAACAACAGAACAACAGCAGAACAACAGCAAGACAACAACAGAACAACAGCAGAACAACAGCAAGACAACAGCAGAACAACAGCAGAACAACAGCAGGACAACAGCAGGACAACAGCAGGACAACAGCAGGACAACAGCAAGACAACAGCAGGACAACAGCAGAACAACAGCAGAACAACAGCAGGACAACAGCAGGACAACAGCAGGACAACAGCAGGACAACAACAGAACAACUGCAGGACAACAGCAGAACAACAGCAGAACAACAGCAGAACAACAGCAAGACAACAGCAAGACAACAGCAGGACAACAACAGAACAACAGCAAGACAACAGCAAGACAACAGCAAGACAACAGCAGGACAACAGCAGAACAACAGAAAGACAACAGCAGAACAACAGCAGGACAACAACAGAACAACAGCAGAACAACAGCAAGACAACAGCAAGACAACAGCAAGACAACAGCCGAACAACAGCAAGACAACAGCAAGACAACAGCAGAACAACAGCAAGACAACAGCAGGACAACAGCAGGACAACAACAGAACAACAGCAGAACAACAGCAAGACAACAGCAAGACAACAGCAAGACAACAGCAGAACAACAGCAAGACAACAGCAAGACAACAGCAGAACAACAGCAAGACAACAGUGUUCUACAUCAGGCCUUUCAGUAUCACUCAUCUCUUUGUUUCUGGAUCUGUGUCUACUCUGCACUCAGACUAGUGGGCCUCAGAGUGUCAGCGAUUCUGGAUGCUUCGACAACAACUACUCAGCCAGUGAACAGAGUAUCUGCCAAGCCCGCGCCUCAGUCAUGGUGUACGACGACACCAGUAAGAAGUGGGUUCCAAUCAAGCCGGGCCAGCAGGGCUUCAGCCGCAUCAACAUCUACCACAACACGGCCAACAACACCUUUCGCGUGGUCGGGGUCAAGCUACAGGACCAACAGGUGGUGAUCAACUACUCCAUAGUGAAGGGGCUGAAGUAUAACCAGGCCACGCCCACCUUUCACCAGUGGCGCGAUGCCAGGCAGGUUUACGGCCUCAACUUCGCCAGCAAAGAGGAGGCCACCACCUUCUCCACCGCCAUGAUGUUCGCCCUCAACACGCUCAGCUCGCAAGAUGGAGGCCCUGCUGUCCAACGCCAAAAUGGGCCCUCCUCAGAGGACCCCGAUGUACCGAGGAGGCAAAUGAUGGAGCCGCAUCAGAUGCAGGGAGUGGUCCACAAAGAGAGAGAGCGACGGACGUCUGGCUCAGUUGUUUCCACCCUCCAAUAUAAGGUGUCCUCCCCUCCCUCUCACCCCUCCAACACCCCUCUUGAGUAUAGACACUAUCGGGCCGCCACACUGCCGCCCUCCUAUGCCCGAGUGGCCUCCAACUCCUCCCCUUCCUCCUCUUCCUCUUCCUCCUCCCAGGAGAGAGAGGUGGCGGGUGGACGGGCUGGCGACAACUCUCCCCAUCUCUCCCAGCUCUCCACCUCCCUGGUCUCGGCCUUCUCCCCCGUGCAGCCAGGGGUGCCCACAGCCCUGACCCGGCAGGUGCGCCAGAUCCCCCUCUCUCCCCCCACGGUGCGGGCUCUCCACCACACCAAGUCCCUCCACCAGGGUGACCCCCAGCAGGACCCUGUGCUGCUCCCCAAACACGGCACCUGGUCCACCUCCCACACCCACAUAUAUGGCCCUGUGCACAUGCCCCCCGUGCCCCAGCCUGUCCUCCCAGUUGCCCUCCCUCUGCCGCCCCGCCACAGCCGGGUCAAGCCCCACCCCCUGGACCAGGCCGGCCAACCCCAUAUCCCGCCCCACCUCCCCCAUGCCAAUGGCCAAUCAGAGGACUAUUAUAACCUCGCUCAGCAGCAACAGCAGCAGCUAGGUUACUGCGAGGCUACCUCCUUGCCCCCUCUGAUUGGUCAGUCUGCGCAGGGCCCCGUCCCCGUCUCCUCCAACCAACCCCAGUACCCCUUCUCAUUCCACCCCCAGCCACAGAUAUCCCAUGCCACGCCCCCACCACCACCAGCAACCCAGCAAUUCUCUCCCCCCUCAUACACCCCAGCCCCAUCAGAGUGGGGUUCACCCAACCAGACACCCUCUCCCGUCUCUCAGGCUGCCACGGCAACCUGCAGUCCGGUUUCUCUCCCUGCCGUGCUCGCUGUGGCCCCACCGGUGGCUCCCCCUGCCCCUAUGGCACCUAUGGCCCCCCCUCCUCCACCGGGCCCCCCGCCUCCGGCCACAGUGCCACCACCCAUGCCCCCCCCACUACCGGUUGGUGGAGGGCAUGGAGGGCCUCAUUUAGAGGGGGCAGGGAACGAGCUGGCACAGCCACUCUCAGGUCUGGCUGCUGCCCUGGCUGGAGCCAAACUCCGCAAAGUUGCAAGGGAUGAGAACAGUCCACCAGGAACAAGUGUAGCCAAGAACGAUGGCAACCGCUCCAGUGGAGGGGAGGGGCUAAUGCAGGAAAUGAACGCCCUUCUAGCGCGCAGACGGAAAGCCUCAGAGAAACCUGAAGAGGAGGAUCCCAAGCCAGGGCAGAACUCCACAGAUGCGGGGAAGAAUCCAUGGGACCGAGCCAACUCUGUAGACAAGGCCUCACUGGUAUCAAGGGUGCGACCCGUGGGCAGCACGAGUGAGGGAGACCUAGACUUCGACAGGAUGAAGCAGGAAAUCUUGGAUGAAGUUGUACGUGAAUUGCAGAAGGUGAAAGAUGAGAUCAUUAAUGCCAUUAGACAAGAAAUUGGUCGAAUCCAUACAUGUUAAUCUGUGGACAAGAGGAUGUGCUGGAGUAUGAAGGAUUAGAAGGUGUGCUGGAAAGGAAUGUUCUCAACAUUUCUGUGCCGCUGCAGAAAGGUUGAGCCAACAUUGAGUCUGCUGUGCAGAACAGAAAGGUGAAGAAGAAGAAGAAGAAGAAGUUGGAGAAAGAAAGUGAAUGAGAGAGAAAAGAAUGGUUAAAUGAACAAAGGAUGUGCAAACGGAAGGAUGGAUAGACGCUUUGCACCUUUUUCAUUUUUUUCGUCCCCAUUUCUGUGCAUUUCGAGACAGUCCAGUUUGCAGUUCUCAGUCUGUUCUAAGUCUUACAAUAGAAAAUAUUUUUAUUUUCUUAAGUUUUUACUGUUUUAUUAUUAUUGUUUUUUUAAACUGUGAUUAUUUUAUUAUUCACACCAUCAUAUAUAUAUAUAUAUAGAGAGAGAGAGAGACAAAAGACAAACUGUUGUUCUUCAUUGGCGGGUUCUAGAGGAAACUUACACACCAAUUACAUCAGCCUUUUAUAUUUUAUAGGAUUUACUUUAUCCUUGGGUGUUUGACCAGCACGUAUGGCACAUACUAUGCUUUAGUCACCUGACCUCAGUUUUUAAAAAGCUUUUUAUCUGUUUACCAGUAACAGGGCAGUGUUCAUUGGGCCCCAAAUGGAAGAAAACUGAUGUUCCAUUUUGUGCCCUAAUAAACACAACCCCGGUGUAUAAAAAUCACUGUAAUUUUGGGAUCAUUCAAAAAACGUACCAACAACUGUAAAUUCACCAUCUACGUAUUCCCAAAAUAGAUCAAAUGAUCCUAGGCUGCCCCUACGAAACCCAUACAGUAGUCUAUAUCAGAGUUGUCAAACGCUAGACUUCAACAAGGUCUGGAGGGCCGCAAUGAAAAUUUGUUACAUUUCCUUGCUGUCAAAAUUUCCACCGCCCCCACAAAAAAAUGGGCUUCGAUGCUGCCAUAUUGUCUAGCUUUCAUUUUGGUGAUUAUUAGCGAGUUGGACACAGUCAAGAAACAGUAUGAAUGUAGGUCCAUUAUCAUUUAUACACAGUUUUGACUUGGUUUUAGUAAUUUUUAUAUAUUGAGUCACCCCCCACCUAAAAAAAUACAAAAUAUGCACAAAAAAAAAUGUUGUUUUUACUCAAACCACCCCUCACGGGCUGGAACCCCUCACCCCUCACGGGCCGGAACCUCUCACCCCUCACGGGCCGGAACCCCUCACCCCUCACGGGAUUGGAACCCCUCACGGGCCGGAACUCCUCACCCCUCACCCCUCACGGUCCGGAACCCCUCUCCCCUCACGGGCCGGAGCCCCUCUCCCCUCACGGGCCGGAACCCCUCUCCCCUCACGGGCCGGAGCCCCUCUCCCCUCACGGGCUGGAGCCCCUGUAUGUUUGACACCCCUGGUCUAUAAGGUUUAGUCCGGUGUAUUAACCAUGCAUUUUGUUUUUAAAUUGGGUUUUCAAAAUGGUGGUACAUUUACAAUGGUGGUUUGUUUUUUUGUGAAUAUCCUCCUUGCUAUUUAAAGUAACUGUCCAGUUUUCAAUGAAACAUGACCUAUAAUUACAAUAUGAAUGAAAUACUUCAACUACAAAAAGCAUGUUAAAAAGCAGCUUUUCUGUGUUGGAAUGGUAUGGGUGUAUCUUAACAACAGAAUGGUGUGGGUGUAUGCCGAUCAUUAAAAAUAUUCACGCGAGUAAACCGCUGAUUGGCCAGCUCAGCCAAUGAGGCAGGAUGACAUCAUUCUCUAUGAGGAAAUAGCCUUUUUAUUAUUCGAUCUGUUUGAGAUACAAGUUUGAGGUGGGGUUUUUUUCAUGUUUUUUUUCUCCAAUUUAUGCUUUGGCCACAUACGAGUGUAGGAUGAGUCAUCAACAUUAUUUGGAUAUGAUUUAACAGAAAUGGACAUUUAAAAGUGAGAUUUUCACUGGACAGUUACUUUAAGGUUGAACUUGAAUUUGAUAUGUGAAAAUGGAGCCAGUUGCAAAAUAAAUUAAAAGUAUACAUAAAUCAA